AUGUUGAAAGCCUUGGUCACAAUCUCAUCCCGGCCACCCACCACUAAGCAGAAUGCCAGAUGCCUACGACCGCAGAGCAUGAUGCGCCACGCCCCUGGCUCACUCAUUCUCAUGCAAGGCCCGACGCACCGCGGCGACGCGAGUGAGUGAGGCCAUACAAGGUGGUGGAUCUUCGCCUUUGUGCAUCAAGUGAGAAGCGGCCCAUUCGCAUCUCCACCUGUAUAUGCAGGCAACUUACAGGGAGGAAAUGUACCACAAAUCCGGCACAAGGUGGGUGAGGUGCCAACCGCAGGAAAGCUGAUUCGUGUCCGCACAUGGAUUGCAGUCCCAUCGUGCGAUGGGCCAACCAUUGUCCUUACACUUUCUCCCUUUUGAUCGCC